ACCGUCGCGGAUCCGGUGGCGGGAACAUGGCGGCCACAGCAAGGCCGGUGCUGAGAAAGUUUCCGACGAGACCGGUCUGCAGCAGUAGUGCCUGAGGCUUCGGGAUCUACAUUUCCCGGUGGAAUGCCGCUUACCCAUUCUGAAUGAAAAAUUUAGCCCCCAAAGGCCCUCCCCUUAUUUGUGUUGGCCUCAGGGCAGUGUCUGUCUGAAAGUUGAAGGAGCCUCGGUGGCGGCGACCAAGUCAGAUCAUUAUAAACAAAAAUUCCACCUGAAAAAAUGCUGAAGUAGAGUUGGAUUUGCUGGAUGAAAAACAAGCAAUUAAUUUUUGUAACUUUUAGAGAAAGCCCAAAUUGCCAGAUUACAUGUGUAAAUCACUGCGUUAUUGUUUUAGUCAUUGUCUCUACUUAGCAAUGACGAGACUGGAAGAAGUAAACAAAGAAGUGAACAUGCAUUCUUCAGUGCGUUAUCUUGGCUAUUUAGCCAGAAUCAAUUUACUGGUUGCUAUAUGCUUAGGUCUUUAUGUAAGAUGGGAAAAAACAGAAAAUUCAUUAAUUUUGGUGAUUUUUAUUCUUGGUCUUUUUGUUCUUGGAAUUGCCAGCAUACUCUAUUAUUAUUUUUCAAUGGAAGCAGCAAGCUUAAGUCUCUCCAAUCUUUGGUUUGGAUUCUUGCUUGGCCUUCUUUGUUUUCUUGAUAAUUCAUUAUUUAUAAAUGAUGUGAAAGAAGAAUCAACCAAAUAUUUACUUCUAACGUCCAUAGUAUUAAGGAUACUAUGUGCUUUGGUUGAGAGAAUUUCUGGUUAUAUCCGUCAUAGACCCACUUUACUAACCACAGUUGAAUUUCUUGAACUUGUUGGAUUUGCUAUUGCCAGCACAACUAUGUUAUUGGAGAAGUCCAUGGGUGUCAUUUUACUUGUUAUAGCACUGGCCAUGCUGAUUAUUGACCUGAGAAUGAAAUCUUUCCUAGCUAUUCCAAACUUAGUUAUUUUUGCAGCUUUAUUAUUUUUCUCUUCAUUAGAAACUCCUCAAAAUCCAGUUGCAUUUGCUUGUUUUUUUAUUUGCCUCAUAACUGACCCUUUCCUUGAUAUUUAUUUUAGUGGACUUUCAGUGACUGAAAGGUGGAAGCCUUUUCUAUAUCGUGGAAGAAUUUGCAGAAGACUUUCAGUUGUUUUCACUGGAAUGAUUGAGCUCACAUUUUUUAUUCUUUCAGCAUUUAAACUUAGGGACACUCAUCUCUGGUAUUUUGUAAUACCAGGUUUUUCCAUUUUUGGAAUUUUCUGGAUGAUUUGUCAUAUUAUUUUUCUUUUAACUCUUUGGGGAUUCCAUACCAAAUUAAAUGACUGUCAUAAAGUAUAUUUUACCCACAGGAUAGAUAACAAUAGCCUUGAUAGAAUCAUGGCAUCCAAAGGGAUGCGCCAUUUUUGCUUAAUUUCAGAGCAGUUAGUUUUUUUUAGCCUUCUUGCAACAGCAAUUUUGGGAGCAGUUUCCUGGCAGCAAACAAAUGGAAUAUUUUUGAGUAUGUUUCUGAUUGUUUUGCCAUUGGAAUCCAUGGCUCAUGGACUCUUCCAUGAGUUGGGUAAUUGUUUAGGAGGAACAUCUGUUGGAUAUGCUAUUGUGAUUCCCACCAACUUCUGCAGUCCUGAUGGUCAGCCAACACUUCUCCCACCAGAACAUGUACAGGAGUUAAAUUUGAGGUCUACUGGCAUGCUCAAUGCUAUCCAAAGAUUUUUUGCUUAUCAUAUGAUUGAGACCUAUGGAUGUGACUAUUCCACAAGUGGACUGUCUUUUGAUACUUUACAUUCCAAACUAAAAGCUUUCCUUGAACUCCGGACUAUGGAUGGACCUAGGCAUGACACAUAUAUUUUGUAUUACAGUGGACAUACUCAUGGUACAGGAGAAUGGGCUCUUGCAGGUGGAGACACACUACGCCUUGACACACUUCUAGAAUGGUGGAGAGAAAAGAAUGGUUCCUUCUGUUCCCGACUUAUUAUUGUGUUAGACAGUGAAAAUUCAACCCCAUGGGUGAAAGAAGUGAGAAAAAUUAAUGACCAGUAUAUUGCAGUGCAAGGAGCAGAGAUGGCAAAGACUAUAGAUAUUGAAGAAGCUGACCCACCACAGCUUGGUGAUUUUACGAAAGACUGGGUGGAGUAUAACUGCAACUCCAAUAGUAACAUCUGUUGGACUGAAAAGGGACGCACAGUGAAAGCAGUAUAUGGCGUGUCAAAACGGUGGAGUGACUAUACACUGCACUUGCCAACUGGAAGCGAUGUGGCCAAGCACUGGAUGCUACACUUUCCUCGUAUUACAUAUCCAGUAGUGCAUUUGGCAAAUUGGCUGUGUGGUUUGAACCUCUUUUGGAUCUGCAAAACUUGUUUUAGGUGCUUGAAAAGAUUAAAAAUGAGUUGUUUUCUUCCUACUGUGCUGGACACAGGACAAGGUUUCAAACUUGUCAAAUCUUAAUUUGGAACCCAAAAUCAUAUAUUACUGAGAGUUCAUACUAUCAGUUUUCAUUAACUUGCCACAUUUUGUAUAUUGUGUUUUUAUUUGUGGAAAAUAUCUUAUUACUUCUGUAAUGUCUCUCACUUAGUCUUUUCUCAAUUAUUUUCACAUAAUUAUGGUAUAUGUAAUGUGUUGGGAAUGAACAUUUUAUAUUAAAGGUAUGUAGGGAGUCAUAAAUACUGACUAAAUUCACAAGAAAUAUUAAAAAUAACUAUGCACUUUGAGGAAUGCUUGCAUAUGCCUCUGAUUAGAGAGAAGAACAUUUGUUUAUACUCUGCAAUGGCCAAUGAAGAGUUACUAAUGCCUUAUUUUUUUAGGCAUAGAUUAGAGAAUGUAGACCAGACAAUUUAUUUACUACUAAAAGAAAACUACUAAUUUGCUUACAGGAGAUUAUUUUUUUGAACAGUAGUUUUGAGUAUAAGAUCAUUUGAAGAAGAAUUACAGUUUUUUUUUAGAAAAGUAUAAAAGGAAAUCAGCCUGAAUUUGGUAUGAAAUUUGCUUAUAAUCCAUCACAUUCAGAUAUCUUAGUUGUAACCUUUUCCCAGUAUAGCACAGAAACCCAAAUCGCUGUUUAAAUCAAAAUUCUUCAUCUUACACAUUAUUCCAUACAUUGUUGGGAGCCUCUAAAAGCACUGUCAAUUUUAAAUCUUUCUCAGGGUAAUGUAACACGUUCAUAACAAGCAAUAUUUUCAGCUACAAAUUCCUUCCAAGUAAAGUUUUCCUUUCUAGAAAAGUAAUAUUAUAGAAGUAUUUAGAGACUUCUCAUGAUGCAUGAGCUGUUUUCAGUAUUUAAAAAUCAUUUUGAUCUCUGUAGGGUAAUACUGCCUUUUCUUCAAACCCCUAUUAGCAAUAUUUUUUUUUCUACUAAAGGUCAGAGAAUUGGGAACAGGUCACUUACCUUGUGUACAUGUAAUGUAUUAUGUGAAAAAAGUAUUCAUAUUGACAAUUUUAAUUAAACAAAAUAGUAUGAUUCUAAUUUUUAAACUUUAUUCAGUGUUUUGUCUGACUAUAGCAGGCACUGAUCACAAUGUCUCCUAAGAUAUAAUUUACCUUUAUUCUAUCCUAAGAAUAUUUACAUUCUUUCAUUUCUGAGAAGUAACAAAAGGGGAUUAGAAUUGGGAGAUUACCUAAUCUUUGUUGUUUAAAUGGUGUGUCUUCUCACCACUGAAGCCAUUUAUGCAGCCUCAGAGAGAGGAAAUGAUGCCUUUAUCACUUUUUACCUGGUGAUUUGAAAUUGAAUUUUCAGCUAGCAAGAAGUCACUUAGCAUCAGGGAACUUGUAUACCAUUAUCUAUGCAACCUUGUUAUAGUUUGAUGAUUUCUAUGUUUUGAAUACGGUUCUCUUAAUAAUUUGAAUAAAAUUUUGUUAAAAAAUA